AAUUCUCUUACUUGUCCUGCCCCUGGCGCCAACCCUUUUCUCGAGAUAUAUAAAUAAUUCAUAUUCAUCCUAUUUCUCCCUCAAAAAUCAAAAUUCUCAACUCUCUCUCCGCAGAAAUCUGAAAUCCGAUUUCAUCUCUCUCGCAAUGUCGAGAUCAUCUGCCGCAGCGGCCGUGGAACUCGAUUUCUUCCGUCUGGAGAAAGAGGCCGCCGCAAAGCCUCCUCCGCCUUCCAAGCUCUUCGAUCGCCGGAGAAGCUUCCGUGCCAUUUCAAAAAUUAAUCCGGAGCUUCUUAAGAAUGUGAUCGCUACUGCCUCCGCCAGUUUUGCAUCCAUGGAAAACACCAGUGAUUUGCAGGCCGCUCCAAAGCCCUCCUCCUAUCUUUCUUCCAAGGAGGAUCAGCUUCUCUUUUCUUCCAUGGAGUCUACUCCCUUGACUGUUUUCUACAAUGGAAGCGUCGCCGUUUUUGACGUCAAUCCGCUCCAGGCGGAGAAUAUUCUCAGACUUGCUCAUGAAGGCAUCCUCGGAACUUCAGACUCCGCUCAUUCCAUCGCCGUGGAUAAGCUUAGCGGAGAUAUGCCAUUACACAGAAGGAUGUCACUGCAAAGGUUUUUACUCAAGCGGAAAGAGAGGUUCACAAUGGCGGCGCCCUAUGCUUAUCCUUCCAACUCCGCGUUUGGAAACUGAAAUGUGGAUACAUUAUUAUCUAAAAUGAGGCUUGACUAUUUCUUUAAGAAACAAACAUUAUCGCUUAAUUACUUAUUGGUACUGUAAUUGCUCGUUUUAGUGGUGGGAUGCGCUGUUUUUGAAGUUGGGGAAAGUGUUUAUGGGCAACUACUACUAGUACAAGUCCACUAAUUUCCUUCACUUUCCUCGACUUUUCUUUCUUUGGUAGUUUGGUCUCAUCUCUUUAUUUGUAUUAUUAUAUACCUAGGGUCUAUUUCAAGUUUCGCACCAUUAUAUUAUUUGUUUGUCUUACUUUUAAAUUGUAGUUUGUACUUUUAUGAG